AAGGUCGUGGUUUUUUUAAACGACAAUUUUACAGUCGAUAAUGGAAUUUGGAGCUAUCCAACUUUCGUAUUAAAAAACUAGCUACUCACAAUGGCGAUUCUUGAUGGUUUAUCUAAAUGCAUUACGGCCGUCUCAUAUGCACUGAUUUUGGUCGCUUCGGUGAUACUUAUAACUGUUGGGGGGAGCAUACUUGUAAUUGCUGCGCGUUACAAACACGCUGUGACUGUAACAAACUUACAAUUUCCUGGUUAUAUUGUGCUUGGCACAGGUUUAUUGCUUCUGUGUGCUGGAGUGAUUGGUUUCAUAGCCUGCAUCAAACAUAAUCGCUGUCUACUUGUGUUGUUGUACGCAUUGUUGCUCACUAUUUUACUAUGUGAAAUGGCUGUUAUCAUCGUUUCUAUAUUUUACUGGCCAAAAGUUAGAGAACAAAUAAGUGAAGUUCUUCAUGAAGAUCUGAGGAUGUAUAAUAAAGUUGCUGAAGUUCGACAGAUUGUCGAUUUAAUCCAGUCAAACUUUGAGUGUUGCGGAGUGGAAAAUCGGUCAGAUUGGAAAUUUUACAAUGAUAGCAGUUAUCCUCAAAGUUGUAAAAAUCGUCAGUUAGAAGAAUCGUUUAGCAAUAAAGAGUGCAUCUACCAUCAGUAUGGCUGCCUCAAUUUCUUGGAACGUGAAGUUAAAAGAUAUUUGGGUUAUGUCAUUGGAUCUGCAUGUACCUUUUUCUUGUUGCAGCUUAUCGGUUUGCACAGCAUGUGCGUUGUGAUUUGUCGGUCUCAGUCAAUCCAUCGUUGGCAUAAUGAGGGUUAUAUUAGUAUAUAAUCUGUCGUGAUUAAGUUUAUGGUUAAUUUUGGGUACCGAAGUGUUUUGUAUUUCUACAAAGGAGGUAUAUUGGACUCGUAGUGCUCCAUACCUAAGCUAAAUACCCUGCUUCUUUACGCAUAGGUCAUUCGUUGAUUUCAUUGACAGAGACCAUUCAGGAGGACUAUCGUACGCUUAUUCAUUUUAUUGUUUAUAAUUCUCGAUCUAUUUCAUCAUCAAAUACAUUAAAUUAUUAAAUAAACUAAAAAUUUUACUAUGAUAUGACGGGGGUAUAAUUUCACUACCUUUUAUUUUAGCAACUUUGGUGCACAAUUAAUAAAGUUAGAAAAAGUAGGAAUUCUUUUCUUACAGACAGAUAACGGUGUUCGUUCGUCUGAUGAUUUUAAUUCUGAUAUAAAGUUGACAGUAAAGGGAUUUAGCAGAGGCUAGCAAACGGUAAGAAAAGGCAUAUGUUAUGGUAGCUUUUAUAUGACUGGACUCUUGAGUACUCAUUCCGGCUAGCUCCAAACCCAAUGUUUGGCACCGCCAUACUUAUCAAAGGCCAACAAUCGUAGUGUUUCUUGGCAUCAAGGGCUGCCUUCGAUUCGUUGGAUAGGACUGUUCUCUUGGAUUGUCUAUUGAAGAAGGGUGUGCCUGAGAAGUUUAUUAACAUCCUAAAAGCCCUAUAUACAAACACCUCAGG